AUGACAAGGAAGUUCCUGAAUCUGACGAGCAUGUUAUUUGGAGAAUUCAUGGAAAUGGAGAUGCGUAAACCAGCAAAGCUAGGUGGUUCUUUUUUGAGUUUAUUAUCACCAGAACCCUGCAUUGGUGAGUUAGAAUUGGGGAAGCUUCACUCUGCUUGCAAAGAUUGGGGUUUCUUUCAGGUGGUAAACCAUGGUGUUGACAUUUCAUUGUUGGAGAAAGUGAAAACAGAAAUUCAAGAUUUCUUCAAUCUCCCGAUGGAUGAAAAAAAGAAGUUUUGGCAGGAAGAAGGAGAUGUGGAAGGAUUUGGACAAAUGUUCGUUCAAUCAGAAGACCAGAAACUUGAUUGGGCAGAUAUGUUUUACAUGCUUAUUCUUCCUCGACAUAAGAGGAAUCCGCAGCUAUUUCCCAAACUCCCUCUACCUCUCAGAGCGUUAAGUGGUCAAAUGCGUAAGCAUGUGGCCCGCACGUGGAAAUCGAUUGACAUUUAUACCCUUCUGUCCACCAAGAUGAAAAUCUAG